AUGAAUCUCCAAAUCAAUGCGAUUCAGCCCUACUGUACUUCCGUACCCCAAACUGCCAAAGUGAGCCAGCAGGCGGCGGCGAGUGGUAAACGAAGCCUGAGGCAGGCAAAAGCGGCGCGACGAUCGACUCCACUCUCCGACCUCCGCACCGCCUUGAAUCAGCCCGCUUCUCCCGCACUGAGACCGCAGGACGUGAAGAACCGACACAGCUCCAAGUUCCUGCGCGCAUCAGUCCCACCUUCGAUUCCUCAAUGUGGCGACCCGGCCACGGCUGCGAUCUCGUUUCGGACGUUCUGGGAGGAACCCACCUUUGAUUCGUUCGACGCACACACGGCCAUGGAUCGCCAAAAGAAAAGAGAGCUUCGCGACCUGAACGAGAAGGCCUGGACGGGCGAGACUGAUAUCUUUCCUGUCAGCAAGUCUCUCGAUUCGGCCCUGAAGAAGAACACUGCUUUCAUCAAACGCUUGCGAACUGGAAUUACCGCGUCCGCCCUCUCCACCUUCCUUUCCGAUAUCCGCACCCUUUCCCUUCACAAGUACCUUUCCGAAAUCAUCUCCGCCUGCUAUGAGGGUCUCUCGAAACUGAAGACGCCGGGCGAAAUCGCCGUCGGCGUCGAGAUCGUUUGCGCCCUGCACCAGCGGUUCGGGCCCGCUGAGUUCACCCGUUACAUUGGUUGGCUACUCGGUCGAGGCCUUAUGUCCCCGGAUAAGGCCGCUCUUAAGCAGCUGAGCCAGGAGUUCCGCGAGCGAGAAGAAAAAGACCGAUUGGCUCGCCACCGGGUCCUGCUUCGCGUUGUCACUGAGCUUUGGCUCGUGGGCGUGUUGCGGACUCUCGAUGAUGUUGAACGACCUGAUGACCUUGGCGUGAAGGCGAAGGACUCCGCCACCAACAAGGCUUCGGAGCCUCCUGCGCCGAAGCAGAAGUUCCUCACGACCACGCGCGAUGCGGAUAAACAGGCGGAACCGUUUCCUUUGGAAGUGCUGAAGGAGUUGCUGGGUCAUGAUCGGGACCAUGCGAAUUUGCCUUUGGUUGUUCUUUUUGUCAAGAGCUUCAGCUGGGAUAUUCUUGGUACGAAACUUGCCGAUGAAGGACGGAAAACUGUUGAGGCUGAUGGAGCUACGACGGCGGCUGGUGGUGAUGCGCAGAAUCCGGAUGCUGCAGCUGCCGAAGCGGACCCCCCUUUGACAUCGGAGAAGACUCAACUGCGAUUCAAGAAUAUCUUGAACCGGUACCUGAAGGAUGUUAAGGAGCAUGUUGUUAGCGAUCAGAAGGCAUUGUCAAACCAGAGUCGUCGCAAUGCUGAAGCAUACGUCAAGAGCGGCGAAAUCUUCGAGGACCGACAGUCGAAUUUCGAGAAGCAGACGAAAACACUCGAGAAGCUCGUGGCUAACACCCAUGUGCUGUGUGAAGCUUUGGGUGCCGAGAUGCCUGAUCUCGCUCAGAAGGAAACUACGGAUGCCUCUACCAGUGGUGGUAUUGGUCUUGUGAAGACCACUGACUAUCUUCGUGGACAAGGCGAUGGGGCCGGAAUUUGGGAAGACGAGGAAGAAAGACGCUUCUAUGAAAACCUCGUUGACCUGAAAGGCAAGGUGCCCGCCGUACUGCUGGAGGAUGGCAAAAAGAAGAAGAGCGAGGGCGAAGACGCUGGAAAGAAAAAGACGGACGGAGAGAGCACGACCGAACCUUCUGAGAAGACCGAGCCUGCGGAAGACAAAGCCACAGCUGAAGCGGAUGAUCAAUCGACGGCCAUCGCCAAUAAGACUGUUGGUGCACAGGUAGACGCUCUGCUCGGAAAGCUCCCAGAGUUGCAGACCAAGGACCAAGUGGACGAGUUCGCCCUGGAUUUCUGCUUUGUCAAUUCGAAAGCAUCCCGGAACCGACUUCUUAAGGCCGUUUGCGAGGUCCCCAAGGGCCGUGUCGACCUUCUGCCACUGUACUCGCGUUUGGUGGCUACCCUGGGCCAAUAUCUUCCCGAUAUCCCGCAAGGCAUCACGACCUACCUCGAUGAAGAGUUCCGAAGCCUGCAGCGCCGCAAGUCGAAGGAGUUCCUCGAUCAAGUCCGCAUGAUGAAUGCGCGUUACCUUGCGGAGCUGACCAAGUUCGGCGUGGUGCCCGAGCACAUCAUCUUCCACUGCUUCAAGGUUUCGCUUGACGAUUUCUCGCGCAAGAAUAUCGAGAUCAUUGGGAACUUGCUGGAAAACUGCGGUCGUUACUUGCUUCGCAACCCCGAGACAUCACCUCGCAUGGCUUCUUUCCUCGAGACGCUUAGUCGGAAGAAAGUUGUCCAGGCUAUCGGUCAGCAGGAGCGUAUGGUGAUUGAGAAUGCGAUUUAUUACGUGGACCCUCCUCCCCGACCCGCCAUUCAGCAGAAGGAACGGACUCCCAUGGAGCAGUACAUUCGCCGACUGAUCUAUCUGGAUAUGAACAAGCGCAACUACACCAAAAUCCUCAAGUGCAUCCGCAAGCUCCACUGGGAGGAACAAGAGGUUGUCGACAUUCUGGAGCGUGUCUUCAGCAAGCCUGUCAAGGUCAAGUAUGGCAGCAUCCACCUUCUGGCAAUCCUGGUGAGCGCCUUGUACCGGUACCACUCCGAAUUCGUCAUCGGCGUGGUCGACAACGUCCUCGAGAACGUCACCCUCGGCUUGGAGCAAAACGAUUUCAAGUUCAACCAGAAGCGCAUCGCGGAAGUCAAGUAUCUUGGAGAGCUUUACAAUUAUAAGAUGAUUGAUUCCCCCGUUAUCUUCGAUACUUUGUACCGCAUUGUGACUUUCGGCCACGAGGGUGGCACCCCCAUGCCUGGCAAGAUCAUUCUGCUGGAUCUACCCGAUGAUUACUUCCGGAUUCGCCUGGCUUGCACACUCCUGGAUACCUGCGGCCACUGCUUCGACCGUGGCUCGGCUAAGAAGAAACUGGAUUUCUUCCUCACGUUCUUCCAGUACUACAUCUUCACGAAGGAUCCAAUGCCCAUGGACAUCGACUUCCUCGUCCAGGAUACGUACUCUGCACUCCGACCCCAGUGGAACCUCGCCACCGACGCGGACGAGGCCACCCGCCUGUUCAGUGAAGCCGUUGCUCUGAACUACAACAAACCAGACCAGGAGAACACCGCCGAGGCGGACGAGGAUGAUGUGGAGAGCAGCUCUUCCGACGAGGGUCUUGAAGAGGACGCCAUUCCGAUGAUCGACGAGGAACAGGAAUCCAGCGAUGAAGGUGAAGCCGAGGCAUCUGGACCGAAUGCGGAGCCGGAAGAAAGUGACUCUGAGGAUGAACAUAUCGUCGUCACGCGCCAGGAAGAAGAACUGGACCCCGAGGCCGAGGCUGACUUUGACCGCGAGUACGAAAAGAUGAUGUCUGAAAGCGUGGACUCGCGACGCUUCGAGCGCAAACACGUCUUCGACAUCCCGCUGCCCAUGAAGCGUCCGGCUCGCGAAACUGCCCCUACUGAUCCCCAGGCCGAGACUGAAGAGCCACAACCCGUUGCCCCGAACACGAUGGCCUUCUCGCUCAUGACCAAGAAGGGAAACAAGCAGCAGACCCGAACCAUCGACCUCCCCUCGGACUCCAGCUUCGCCGUCGCAAUGCGCACCCAACAACAAGCCGAUCGCGAAGAACAGCAACGCAUCAAAAACCUGGUUCUGAACUACGAAGCCUCGAACGAAGAACCCGCUGAGAACGACUUCGAAAGAAGAAUACCAGCAAACCAGCGUCUCGACAAGCCUGCUACAAGCAGGACUGCGUUCCGAUCCCGCAAACUCCAACUGAGUGAUGUCAACUGGUAA